AUGUCGUCAGAAAUGGAAAGGCUGCGUGAAGAAGAUUCGUCACAAUGGGCUCUCGAGAGUAUCCAGAUUGAUCCGAUGGCUGAUUUGCCUGAAAAUGAGCAAGCUCAGAGAGCAAUGGCGUCAGAACGUGACAAUGAGGCUGCGCCAGAGGCAAAGACGAUUGGCAAUAUCGAUGACAAUGACAAUGGAGGCCUAAGGAAUAGACAUGUGGGUCAAGGAAAUUGUGCAAAGAUGGGGAGGUUACAAUCUGGAGCAUCAAGAGGGCUUAAGGGUUUACGGUUUCUUGAUAGAACAGUCACAGGGAAGGAACAAGAUGCAUGGAAUGCAAUUGAGAGGCGAUUUUCUCAAAAUGCAGUUGAUGAGCUCUCAAGAGACAAAUUUGGAGCUUGCAUUGGGAUGGGAGCAGAAUCAAAGGAUUUUGCAGGAGAACUGUUUGAUGCCUUGGCAAGACGAAGGAAUAUACAUACUGAAAAUGGGAUCACUGUGGAUGAACUCAAGGUGUUCUGGGAGGACAUGACCAAUAAGGACCUUGAAUCCAGACUUCAGGUGUUCUUUGACAUGUGUGACAAGAAUGGGGAUGGAAGGCUAUCAGAAGAAGAGGUGAAGCAGGUUAUAAUGUUGAGCGCCUCAGCAAAUAGGCUAGGGAAUCUCAAAAACCAAGCUUCAGUAUAUGCAUCUUUGAUCAUGGAAAAGCUUGACCCAGAUCAUAAUGGAUAUAUAGAGAUGUGGCAGCUUGAAACUCUGCUAAGGGAAAUGGUGAGUUCUGAAGAUAAUCCCAAAGCCAUGGGCAAGAGAACCCAGACUUUGACAAGAGCUAUGAUACCAAGUCAGUACCGAACUCCUGUAAGCAAGUUUUUUCAUAAAACCAGGGAGUUUGUACUUGAGCACUGGAAGAAAAUAUGGGUCAUCGCACUUUGGUUGGCUAUAAACGUGGGGCUUUUCAUCUGGAAGUUCCUUCAAUACAAAAAUAGAGGAUCAUAUGAAGUUAUGGGUUAUUGUGUCUGCUUUGCGAAGGGUGGUGCUGAGACUCUCAAGUUCAACAUGGCUCUUAUUGUCCUCACCAUGUGCAGAAAGACUCUCACAAAGCUCAGAGAAUCAUUUCUUAGUAGAGUCAUCCCUUUUGAUGACAACAUAAACUUUCACAAGAUGAUUGCACUAGGUGUAGUUGUAGGGACCCUUAUUCACGUAAUAAUGCAUAUAACUUGUGAUUUUCCAAAACUUAUAUCGUGCCCACAUUCAAAGUUCAUGAGUAUACUUGGGCCGGGAUUUAGCUUCAAGCAGCCUACUUACCUCGACCUGGUUGAAAGUAUUCCUGGAGUAACUGGAAUUUUGAUGGUCAUAAUUAUGGCCUUCACCUUCACACUGGCAACACAUAAUUUCAGAAGAAGUGUUGUAAAAUUGCCCUCUCCAUUUCAUCAUUUGGCUGGAUUUAAUGCAUUCUGGUAUGCACAUCAUUUGCUGAUUCUGGUAUACGUGCUAUUGGUCAUACAUGGCUCCUUUCUAUUUCUCACCAAGGAUUGGCACAAGAAGACAACUUGGAUGUACCUCGUAGUUCCAGUAGUACUCUAUGCUUUAGAGAGAAUACAUCCAUUUUUGAAGGGUAAAGAUCACCGCGUAAGGGUAAUAAAGGCAAUAGUCUAUUCAGGAAAUGUGCUAGCACUGCACAUAACCAAACCUCCAGCAUUCAAGUACAAAAGUGGCAUGUACCUUUUUGUAAAGUGUCCAGACAUAUCGAGUUUUGAAUGGCAUCCUUUCUCCAUCACCUCUGCACCUGGAGAUGACUACUUGAGUGUCCAUAUACGAGCCUUGGGAGAUUGGACGACAGAGCUUAGAAACAGAUUUGCGCAGGUUUGUGAGGUCCAGAAUGCAAGAAAGGGAAGCCUUAUGAGGAUGGAAACUAGAACGAACCUUAGCUAUGAUCAAUCAGCAGCAAGGUAUCCGAAGAUCCGCAUUAAAGGACCCUAUGGAGCCCCGGCACAAAACUACAAAAAGUAUGAUGUGCUCUUGCUUAUUGGUCUGGGAAUUGGUGCCACGCCAAUGAUCAGUAUUCUCAAAGAUCUCCUCAACCACAUCAAACCGGAAAAACCUGAGCCUGACUGUCACAACAGUUCACCAGAAGAUCAAAAAUAUCCCGAAAGAGCAUACUUUUACUGGGUGACAAGAGAACAAGCUUCGUUUGAAUGGUUCAAAGGAGUCAUGGACGAUAUCGCAGAAUAUGACCACAAUCAUAUAAUUGAAAUGCACAACUACUUGACUAGUGUUCAUGAAGAAGGCGAUGCUCGGUCAGCACUUAUUGCCAUGGUGCAGAAGCUGCAGCAUGCUAAAAAUGGUCUUGAUGUAGUUUCAGAAAGCAGGAUAAGAACUCAUUUUGCGAGACCCAAUUGGAAAAAAGUAUUCUCUGAUCUAGCAAGCGCACAUGAGAACUCUAGAAUAGGUGUGUUCUACUGUGGCAGUCCUACUCUCACCAAAACAUUGAAGAACCUUUGCCAAGAGUUCAGUUUAGUCUCAUCCACGCGUUUUACCUUUCACAAGGAGAACUUCUAGAGGCGCAAUACAUAGUGUCAAUCAUGAAUUGUUCAGUUUUAAUUUGUCGCUCUGCUUCACUUAGGGGGGGGGGGGAGUACUCGUGGGUACAUAGAAUAAUAGAACCAAAGUUGGACUGUUUAAGUGAAUCACUCUCUCUCUCUCUUCUUUUUUGUCUUGUUCACUCUAACUAGAUCUCUACAAAUCUGUGUCGGUAGUGAAAUAAGCCAUCUAAAUUGUUUGAGGGGAAAAAUAAAGAUUGACAAGAGAACGCCAUAUAUUUUGCAGAAA